CAGUGCCAUCGCACCACGUCGACCUCUUUCCGGGUCAACAAGCAACCCGACUUCAAGGGCCGAUGGGCCUCGGUGCCCGAUUGCACCCGACCAGACUCGACCGCGUUUGGCUCUCUGAUUGGGCCACCUGGUGGACCUCGAGUCGUUCCAACAAUGUCUGAGUCGACGCUGCGUAGUGACCUUGUGAUGGCAUGACCUCUCGUUGAUAAAAGUGAUGGAAAAGCCCCGAAUUACGCACUUGUGCUUUCAUCUUUCUUCACCCUUUUCCAGCAGAACAGAUGAUCAUGCGAGGCCUGAAUGCAGCCCGACAAUGAGACUGAUUAAUGUUUCGACCCGCGAGGUGGAGGAGUUCCUCGGGACUGACAUCCCGCAGUAUGCGAUCCUGUCUCACACAUGGGGCCCCGAGGAGGUUACCCUUCACGAGAUGGAAGCAAUCGCAAGAUACCGCCGGUCCCAUGACUCCCACGGGGCAUCAGCAGCCCACAUGGUCCCGCCAUCCGCUAGCAGCCCUGACGCCUACAAACUCAUGUUGCUACACAGCAUGUUGAUGGCAUUUCGCGGAGACCGGUCUCACGCUCGACACGACCGCGCCCCAAAGCUGCACGCGCUGACGGAUGGCUACGACAGCGACGAAGAUGACGACUGUGAUUCCGACGACAACAGCACCCACCGCACCAUGGUGCCCUCUGCUCUUCCACAUCCCUUCGAGCGCAAGGCCGGUUAUGCAAAGAUCGCCUACGCCUGCGGCCAGGCAGGGAGGGACGGCUAUCGCUAUGUCUGGGUCGACACGUGCUGCAUCGACAAGCGGAGCAGCGCCGAGGUGUCGGAAGCCAUCAACUCCAUGUUCUCGUGGUACCAGCGAGCCGCCGUGUGUUAUGCAUACUUGGACGACGUACACUCAGACGAUUACACAAAGGGCUAUCUGACCUGGAAGGACCACUUCAAUAGCAGCCGGUGGUUCACUCGGGGCUGGACACUGCAAGAACUGCUCGCCCCGCGCAGGGUCGUCUUCUACGCCACGGGAUGGAAACUCCUGGGGACAAAGUCAUCGCUGGUCAAGAUGAUCGAGAAGAUCACCUGCAUCGACGAGCUCACCCUCCUCGAGCCGCGGCUCAUCCACAACGCCAGCGUGGCCCAGCGCAUGUCCUGGGCUGCCAACCGCACUACAACACGGUCGGAAGACAUGGCCUACUCGCUCUUGGGCAUCUUCGGCGUCAACAUGCCCAUCAUCUACGGCGAAGGGGAGAACGCCUUCCUCCGCCUCCAGGAGGAGAUCAUCCGCCGAUCCGACGACCACUCCAUCUUCGCCUGGGGCACUCUCGGUCACGACGACAACGACGCCGGCUCCCACUUCCCCCACCAUCACAACAGCUUGAACCCGCAUCACAAAAUACCCGACCUCGACGACCUCGACUACGACGAGCUGACCGGCACCACCGGCAUCCUCGCCCGCUCCCCUCACGACUUCGCCGGCAUGGAGCACGUCGUCGUCGCCCCGCCUCCCCGCACAACAACCACAACAACAACAACAACAACAACAACAGCCCAGGCCACGUCCGCCUAUGCCAUGACCAACAAAGGCUUGCACAUCGAAUUGCCCCUCGUCGCAGUCAACCAGCAGCACCCCUCCUCCCCCACCUCUGCAGCAGCCAUAAACAUGCCACCAAACAACGACCACUCCUACUACUACCUAGCAAUCCUAAACUGCCACCUCGAAUCCGAACAACCCUCGUCCACGCGCCGUCUCGCCCUCCUCCUAACACCAACCGCCACCCCGAACGUCUUCCUCCGCGUCCGCACCCACACCACCACCUCCUGCUCUAUCAGUUCCGUCUCCAUCCCAUCCAAAGCUCAGCCCAAAACAAAGAGGAUCUACAUCCCCGCCACCACGGCUCAAACACAACAUAUAUCCCACUACUAUUCCAAGCUGACGGCUCCCCAAGAAGGUCUCGAAGAAGAAAUCAUCGUCCUGCGCGCGGCCGACCUGCUCGCACCAGGCUACGAGGUGGUGGAUAUCCGGGGCAGGGUGAGGGGGCCGGGCCCGGUGGUGGCAGUGCACUGGCAUCGUGGGGGGUUUGACUUUGGGACGCUUCGGCUGGCGGGGAUCAACACUGGCAGUUCUAGUAUUACUAGUACUGCUAGGAAGGAGAAACAAGGGUUGCUGCUGUACCAGUUGGCGGUGGUGGCGUUUUGGAAUCGGCAUUUGCGGUGUGGGUUUCUGGUGAGGGUUUUGGUGGACGCGGUGUCGAGGUUUGUUUGGGUUGAUUUAGUCAAGGGGACUAAUAGGAGUAGUAGUAAUAGUAGUAGUAGUGGGAUAGCGGGCCAAGGAAGGGUGGGUGGAAAGGAGGAAGAGAAGGAUGAUGAUGAUGGGAGGGGUGUGUUGGUCGAGCAAGCGAGACGGAUAUGGGAGCUGCCGGGGCAGGUGGAGGUUAUUAGUAGUAGUAGUGUGCCCGGGACGGAAGGCAGGAAGGAUAGUGUAAUGGUGGAUGUGAUCAAUCCGGCGGUAUUCGCUGCCGAUGCGCAGGAGACGAGGGGGAAGAGGGAGCCUGGGAAACAGGAGGGCAUGGGCUGGGUAUUGCGGCCGGGGCAUGAGCUCACGCUGGCGGGGAGUAUCACCUUCACGGAGAAGUGGGAGAAGGAAUACCAGCGGACGGUGAGCGCCAAGGUCGAGCGGAAGAAGAAGGGCGCGAUUGAGUUGAGCAUGUCGUCGAUGCUGUGGCAGGCGGCCCCGGCAGCGCAAAGGGAGGAGGACAUUGACCAGCCUUCGUAGUCUUCAGGGUGAGAUUCAAUACCAGUAUCAAC